GAAUUAUCAAUGUUGUGAAUUGAUGUAUUUGAUGUUAAAGUAGUAAAAAAAAAAAAGAUCGAUUUAUUUGCUGAGCACAUAGUUCAGGUUUCUGUUCGGUUCGAAAAUAAAUACUGUAUUUUUAAGUAAUGUUUGUUUUUUGUUUGUAAUUUUUUAUGUGACAUUGUUAUUCAAAUAAAGAUUACAAAAAAAGAAAACCAUGGUAACUGUGAGGGCGGGCACGAUAAUAACUGCCGUAAAACAAGUUGACCAAAGUGACGUAACUUCACGCAUGCGUGGACCAAUCGUGUAAGAGGAAAAAACAAGAUGGCGUUUCAUGAAGAAGACGUUAGUGGGUCUAUAAUAGUUUAGUGUUCUUAAUCAGUGCGUACGUGUACACAAAAAUGUCGUUUGACAGAGAAAACGUCGUUAAUAUUUGUUUGUGUCCGAUACAUCGGUCAAAGUGCACUUUGACGCUUUUCGUCCGAGUUUAGCUUGUUACUUAAUUAGUUUAGCAUGUUAGCUGCUGUCACAUCACUUAGCAGAGAUCAAGUGUGAGUGUGAAGUGUUGCGAACGUACGAAGAGGACAUUUCUUCAACAAAAGAGAAGAACGAACGAACGACAACUACUGGACGCUGUUUUCAAAAAACAAAGUUUAUUGAAAACACAGAAGUAAACACAGAACAGAGUACCACCACCUUAUAGGAAGAGGAGGAACUGUGGAUCACUGAGGAGAGAGAGUGUCUUCCCGGGCAGGAGGAGACUGAUCUCACUAAGUUUCCACUGACCGUUGUCUCUGUCAAGACUGAAGACCAUAAAGACAAACCUGAGUUCUCACAGCUUCAUCAAAGUCCAAGCGUCCGUGAAGAACAUCCUCUCCCUUAACGGCAGAAGUGGAACUUUAAAAUGGAGCAGGAGGGGCCACAAACCCCCUACAUUAAAGAGGAAGAGAAGGCGCCACAGCCCCCUCACGUAAAAGAUGAAGAGGAGGAACACAGCAUCAGAAGGAAGGGAGAGCGGCUUGAAGUGUUGGAGGAGUUCCCAGUGACUGGUAAGAUUGAAUCAAAUAAGAUUAAAGGUGAAAAUGAGGAGAAGAGAGAGGCGGAGCCUCCAAGCAGCUCAACUCAACACAUGACAACAGAAGCUGAUGGAGACCACUGUGGAGGAUCACAAGUCGACAAGAUCUUCGCUCCACUAUCAGAUAGUGACGACACUGAUGAUGAACACUCUGAUGCUGAUAAGACAUGCCACACUGACAACACACACUUAAAAUGUUCUCACUGUGGCAAAACUUUUAAUCGGCAUUCUCAUCUAAAAGUACACAUGAGAAUACACACUGGAGAAAAACCUUUUAACUGUUUAAUUUGCGGUAAAGCUUUUUCACAAAGUCAAACAUUGAAAAUACACAUGAGAACACACACUGGAGAAAAACCGUUUACCUGUUCAAUCUGCGGUAAAGGUUUUGUACAAAGACAACAAUUAAAAGUGCACAUGCGAACACACACUGGAGAAAAACCUUUUACUUGUUCAAUCUGUGGUAAAUGUUUUGUACAAAGACAUUAUUUAAAAUUACACAUGAGAAAACACACCGGAGAAAAACCUUUCUGUUGUUCAAUCUGUGGUAAAAGCUUUAUAAAAAGUCCCAGUUUGAAAGUACACAUGAGAAUACACACUGGAGAAAAACCUUUUAACUGUGCAAUCUGCGGUAAAGCUUUUUCUCAAAGUCAAAUAUUGAAAGUACACAUGAGAAUACACACUGGAGAAAAACCUUUUAUCUGUCAAAUCUGUGGUCAAGGCUUAGUACAAAGGCACCAUUUGACAGUACACAUGAGAAAACACAAUGGUGAAAAAACGGAUUCCUGUUCAAUGUGCAACAAAAGCUUUGCUGACCGAUCAACACUUGUAAAACACAUGAGAAUACACACCGGUGAGAAAGUGUUUAGUUGCAGUGUGUGUAAUGAAAGUUUCGCUUAUAAGUACCAGUGUAGGAAACACAAGUGUGCUGGUGAGAACAGCAGCAGCCAAUGAAGCUCCAGGAUUUUCAAUAAACUGUCAACUUUUUGUUACCUGUGACUUUCUAACAACAUCAGCACAUAUAUCAUGUAAGACAUCAUUGUUUGUGUAACACAAUCUUGUUUAUUUGCUUUUAACCUCUUUUUCAAACUUUUUUCGCCAAGUACCACCUCAGAAAACACUUGGCUCUCCAAGUACCACCGUAAUGACCAACAUUAAAUUAAAGCAGCAUAGUAGGCCUAAGUAUUCCUUACAAACAAGGAAGACGUUUUAUUUAACAAUUAUAUUUAAUAUUUUUGGCCACUGUAACAUUACACACAGUUUGAACAGUAACUGUAAGGAAGGGAUAGUAGUUCUUUUAGAGUUGGGACACGAUGGACAGAUUCCGGCCAGAGAAUCCUUUAAUCAUCUUUAUUGCUGAAAGGUAGAUGUGAAUGUGUGUGGUUUUGUGUGUGUGGUCUAAACAAAUAAAGAAAAGAGGAAAAAUUACAAUCCAAUUAUAUACUCAUUAAUAUGCAGCAAUAUACAUGGAUAUGCAUACAUAAUAUAACAUAAUAUAAUAUAAUAUAAAGGUGUGCAUAACAACAACAUAUAUACUGCAUUUAACUAUGUAUGAACUUCCAACAAGUUUCUAAGCUUCAGAGCCAUACAUGGCGAUUAUGUGGUCUCUGUCGCCAUCUAAAGGCCAAACUCCGCCAUCGCAGUUGCAAUGACGUUAAAUAAACUACACGUGAAUGUAAACGCCGUCAACGAGACUAAUUAGCUCUCAAUUGACCCAAAAACAACUGAUCUUAGCAUACAAUGCACCAAACAUUUGCAGAAGUAGCAAGGCACGACAGUCAGUUCAAAUGCUGUAACAGUAUGUGACGAAACUUACAUUUAGUCGUCAACGCACACAAGGCUGGCUGCCACCACUGAUUGAAACCGGCUAUUCUGACAAAGACGUGCUUUAAAGGGGAAAUGACGUCACAGAUUGACCUAUCAACCUAAAUGCAUAGGAACAUUACAAAACAGGUUAAAGGCACACAAUAGGCUUUCGUACAGUAACUGUUCGAAUAUAGGGGGGAGACGUGAUUAUUAGGCGUACCACCAAGUGGUACAUGUACCACAGUUUGAGCUUUCGAAAUAAUGAAAUGUCACAUAUUUUCAUUUCCCCCGCAACCCCGAAAGGGGCAAGCGGUAGAAAAUAGAUGCAUGGAUCGAUAUUUUCAUUUCUAAUUGUAAAGGAUUUUAUAUAUGAACUCAUUUAUAUGAUACAUAUUUUACAUUUGUUCAUACCUUUGCUUUAGAGUACACAUAAAUCUCUUAGUUAAUAUUUACAGGUCCACAUCUGAAACAUUUUCUGGACCAGUUCUGGAAGCAUAUUAUUUACUUAAUACAUCAUUUGAUCGUUUACUUUUAAAAUGUGCGCUUAUCUUGAUCAUUUGUUGGGUCUCAAUAAUCCAUUCUAGUAAUUAUCUUUAUUACUCUCCUUUAUGAUAUGAAUAUUGUUUUGUGAUUGUUUUAUAUGUAUGUCCCCAGUCCUUUGUACAAUACGCAGUGUAUGCUUCAACAAUAAAUGUAGUCAAUAUUUCUUGAGUAUGUAUUUUGUUGUAUUUAAUU